UAAUAUUGUUCAUUGUUGUAUCUUAAUAUUAGAUAAAACACAUCUAUGUAUAACGGGGCUAGACUUUACUUUUUAAAUUAUAAAACGGGACUUUUACCCCGUAUAUUUUUUACGUGGACGAAACCGCGGGCAAAUGCUUGUGUUUGAUAAUGAGCUGUCAGCAGCAUAUAAUCGUACUAAUACCGAGUCGCAGGCUGUUAUUGUCUCACAAUCCUAACGCAAACAAGUGUUUACGGGAUUUUAUUACAUUUUAAUUGAGUGCGUUUAAAAAUGUGUAUUAAAUAUUACAUUUACGUAUGCAUGUGUUACUGUGCAAUUGCAUCAAGCGCUGAACAAUCUAAAGAACGUAUCAUAGUGCUGAAGUAUCUUACAGAUGUUAACAAUGAAGGGAAUAAAUCAAUCGAAAUAAUCAACUAUGAUACAGACAAUCAUCUUACAUUUUCGUGCGAUUUUGAAAACAAACAACCGGAUGUUGCUUCUGUAAAACUAGUCCAUCAGUGGCGUGGGCUUAACAUCUCUGCAACAGUAGUUGAAUCAGUUCGCAAUGUUACCUACAGUAUAUUCGCUGAUGUUGUUGACCACGAAUCCGAAGUUUAUUGUAUUAAGAAGAUUUGGGAUUUGGAUAAAAUGAAGAAUAAUGCUUCAUUUAUCGAAAGUCAUCGCGUAAGAUUGAUCAGUCGUUCAGUUGAAAAUAAUAUGAGCAAGGAAAUGAACACAAUCUAUUAUUAUGAAAGCAAUCCAGCUUAUAAUAUUUGCCAAGAAUCAGGUACAAAUAAAUCGAUUACAUACAUGCGGAAAAUUCUCGACAAUAUUGUCUAUAGUAUAUCUCCAGCUAAAGAAGUAUCGUUGACACCUAGCGAUUCCGGUGUGAUUUUCUAUUGUGAAAUCAAUAAUACGACAUACAAAAUUCCAAAUAACGUAGCCAUUUAUACGCGAGAAAUAUUAAGCAAGACGAAAUACGUGUUUGCUAUGUCUAUGUAUACGAAAAUCGGAAUCGGUGUGGCAGUUGUAGCAGUGGUCUGUAUUUUGCUGAUGACGGGUAUUUUACUGUACAGCAGCAAGCAUAAACCGCCUGACGUUUGCACCACUCAACACAUUUAUGCAGAACUGGUACUACCUGAAUCAACCAGACCACAAACAACCAGAAAUUUGUCUCAGACCAUAGAGGAAAGUCCAUACGUGCAAAUUAUAGGAUUUGUUGGAAGAAAUAAUAAUAAUACGACUGGCUCGGCGGCGUAGUUGUUUCAAUAUACACCUUUGGUAGUACGACAGGCAUGGCGCGCCGACGUCUCAGGUUCGAUCCCCGGAUCGAGAAAACUGAUAUGGGUGUUUACACAAAGUGCUUUGUAUCAGCCCGAAGCCUGAAAUGUGCGCGGUCUCAAUUGUAAUAGGAUAGCCCCCAUUAUAUGGGACGUAAUAAGCGUUGCCAGACGUGCCGUAUUUACCGGGACGUCCCGUAUUUUAGGCACAUUUCAGAAUGUUCCGGCGGGACAGUCUGUCCCGUAAAUCGAUCGAUCUACGAUUGACAAGUCUCAACUCAUACACGCAACGUUCAUCUUUGCGCAUACUUACAUAUAUUAAAUGAGACUUGGUUUUUAAUAGAUUUAAUAAAAAGGGAGUUCAUUCUUGUUUUUAAUUACAAAUACGUUAAAACGAAUAAAAAUAUGUUAAACUGACUCGAU